AUGGGUCUAUCUAGCCUGUUAUCUUAUACUUUUGUUUGUGAUCUUUUUCUGCCUGGUACUAAAAUAUGGAAUGAGCAACUAAUUUGUUCUAUUUUUAAUCAUGAUACCUCUAUUGCUAUCCUAAAUAUGCAUAUUCCUCCUACUGAUGAAGAUUAUUUGAUUUGGAAACCUGACAGAAGAAGUAGUUUCACUGUUAAGAGUGCUUACAAUACUCUUUGUGCUAGUUCUGUUAAUAAUGCCAUUGCUAGUGAUAACAUUCCUAGACAUGUUUGGAAACAUCUAUUGAAGUACAAAGUCCCUCACAAAGUACAACUUUUUGUCUGGAUAUGCUUGAAAAACAUUGUUCCUGUUAGAGCCAAACUUGCAUGUUAUAACCCUGAAGUAGAGCCACACUGUAAGUUUUGUAAUAAUAGUCUUGAAACUAUUAAUCAUUUACUAGUUGAAUGUGACUAUGCUACUUCCAUAUGGAAUGCCUUAAAUGUUGAUAUUACCACUGACAUUCAGCAUUAUAAUUCUUUUCAAACUUGGGUAGCUUCUUGGUUCAGUGCAGGUGAAGAACUCCAUAAUAAUAACAGGAAUGAGGGAUAUGUGAUUAAAUUAAUGUGUACUAUAUGGUAUAUUUGGAAAGACAGGUGCAACCUAAUUUUUCAGGAUAUUCCUCCUAAUAAGAACAUCACUAUCUCUAGGAUACAAUAUUUAACUCACCUUUGUAAUCAUGUUGUUAUUCCUACUUCAGUUAACAGACAAUGUAGUACUCUCAACAAGGAUUGGAUUCCUCUAGAAGAGGGAUUUCUUAAGCUGAAUAUAGAUGCCUCUUACAUGUCUGAAACUAAGAAAGGUAGCAUUGGACUGAUGGUGCGUGAUCAUGCAGUAGGGGUGAAAGGUUUCAAACUGGAGGAAGAAGUGGAGGCAGAUGUGGGAGCUGAACAUUUUGAAUGCAAAGCUCUUUUCAUGGCAGUGGAUUGGAUGAAAAGAUGGUUAUGA